UCAUUGCGCCUGUUUUCACAUGUUAGAAGUGUGUUGCAAGUUAGCUAACGUAUGUAAAUAUUUAAAAGUUUUCCAAGUGCAGAGUUUGUACAUUUUAGAUCUCCGGAUAUUUGUACUGAGGAUUUUUUUUUUUGUUAGCUGGCUAUUCCACACGCUUGGUUCUCUACGUUCUUCAUGCCAAUGAGAUUUCAAACGUUCAUAAACUUCAGACUGCCACUCACCAGUCGAUUGGUCCUGGACACUAGAGAUUUAAAUCAGGAUGGCGUCUCCUCCUUCACCGUCACCCCAUGACCGCAGCAGACCGGAGGACGAAAACGACCCAGUGGAUCAGAUGAUCUCCAGGACAGGCUGCGCACCACUUCACUAUGCCGUCCAGGAGUGCAUGGCAGAGCACCAGGACUGGAGACAAUGCCAGCCGCAGGUUAAGGACUUUAAAGAAUGCAUGAUGUCAUUCCAGAACGCUCAGAGAGAACAGUUGUUAAAACAAAGAGCUACAGGUACAGAGUCGGUCUGAUGAAAACACUCCAACUAUUAAAGGAAUUUAAGACAUCAUUCAUGUGAGUGUCUAUGACAAUUCGGCAUGAAUGCAUUUUUAUUCCAUCAUAGAUUCAAAUCAGAUUCAGAUAUAAAUUUUUCCUGACAGAUUUAAUUCAUAAUUUAAAAAAAAGUUUUGCUGCUAAGUUUUAUUAUUAUUAUUAUUUUUUUUACAUAAAUUACUUUUAGAUUAUUGUGUCCUCUUGUUUUAUAAGGAUUUUUAAUUGUGAUAUGAUAUAUAACACUAUGGUGUAUCAACAUUGCACUGGAAUGUCAACACCACAGUGGACAUUAAAACUACCUCCAAACA